AUGCAUAACUCAGUAUUAUUCGUGGCUGUCUGCCUAGGUCUUGUCUUCUGCAGUGCAUAUACGCAAGCAUCAUCAGCCCCGGUAGUUCCACAGAGUGAGCCAGCAGAGCCCCUACCUCCAGAUCAAGCCGAACUACCAGAUCAAACUCCUCCUGAACACAAGCUACCGUCUUCAGAGAAUUGGGCUGAAGGAAAAGACUUGCACAGGAUCGAACGACGACAAAUCGCUCUCCCCCUGCCGCCAGACAUACACAUAGUAGAUGAGGACGGCCUUCAGGACGGAAAUUAUAUUGAUCCAAAGGGGGGUCCACCUUUUCCGCCAAUGAGUUAUUUCUUCCCAAGAACGUUUCUUGAUCCCGCUUGUGACAAGGAGAAACUCUUGGAGGCUUGGGAGCAUGUAAAGCAAAUAGUGGAGGCACAAACUGGAGAUAUAGAAGACUACGACUAUAACCUUCCACAUUCAAUAUGGUUAGGGGAUGAAUGGAAUGCCGUAGGUAAUCCUGUUCUUCAAGGGCGGUCAGAAGCUAUUGCCGAAAAUCUAAAAAGGAUAGCAAACCUAUUUAAUGGUGUAAUAGAUGACAACGAAAUGUUUGUUUGGCGCUGUACAGAACCACUUGUGGACGAGUCGGUUUGUUUUGUUAAGAAGACGAAUCGAGAAGUCAUAGCCACUACUGCCAAACAUUGGAAUGAAAGAACAAAAAUGCGCGAACAAAUGAUUAUGUUUUGUCCUUUGUUUUUUCAACAACCGGCGAUAACAGAUAUAAUUCGAAAUUAUUUCAACGACCAGAUCGCGCAAAGAUAUAUGGAAAAUUUCUAUGGCAGCACCGCUCAGUUUAUGUUACACGAAAUGUGGCACUGGGGUGUAGUGUCCGAUCCACCUACAUUAGACUAUAAAUAUGGAAUAGAGGAAGCCUACGAGUUGGCUAGGACAGAUGGAACGAAAGUAGCGUAUGUAAACGCAGACUCGUAUACAUACGACGGGUUGGCUAUUUAUAUCCAGCAGGCGUACUUUUCUUCCAUAUGA